AUGCACUCCCGCGCCCAGAUUGGUACUCCCACACCACUUGCAACUGAUUUUCUUUAUGAUAUAGACUGUGUCACUGGGCCAAUGUCUUCUGCGUACAUACCAAUUGAGAUGCCUACGCUGGCAAAUUAUUGGGUGACCAUGAUUGAGCUGAGCAGGUUAUUGGGUACUCUACUUACCGUGAACUACCAGACUGUAAGGGUCAAGCCGUUACUUCAUCAAGUCGAGGCCCUCGAGGAAGAGGCUCUACAAUGUGAAUUACCUAACUAUGAAGCCCGUUUCUCCACGGUGAUAGGAACUAACCUCUGUGACAGGGCCAUGCUGAUUACAUUUUACCGUCCCUUCGGAACAGAAAUACCAGGAGGUCUUCGCGUCUCCCAACAAGACCACUGGCGAGAACAGAUGGCCCUCAAAGCCCACUCUGCCGCCUCAAAGCUCUCCGCAAUGCUAUAUCGGCUAACACAUCUGGAAUGGACCACCCCUUUACUCUUCUUCCCUGCCAUGCAACUGCACCUUCUCCGCUGUCGUUUUGACAACUCUUUGUCUGAGUAUCUCAAGCGCCACAAGCUCGACAUGUUAAUGCUGAUUAUGGAAGAGCUUCAGAAAACCUAUGCUGUUGCGUCUAUCUAUCGUGGAAUCUUCAGCAAGGGUAUUAAGCAAAUAUUUUCUGCGGGUGUACCAAGAACGGUUUUGACUGAGCCAGCGCCCGUAGGGAUCCCUGCCAGGGAACAAUCGGCAGCGUGCGAAGGACCUGCGCUUGAGAGGUCCCAGUCCCAGGAUGAACCAACUACAAAAGUCUUAGACGCAUUGAUAGACGAGGCUUCGUUAUUCAGCUUUAGAGGUUUAUUAAAUCGACAAUAA